CCUGCGAGCAGUCUGCCAGAGCCAGAGCCAGCCCCAGAGAGCUCCCAGCCGCCGCCGCCGCCUCCUCCGCCUCCUCCCUCGGUCCCUCCCCCCUGCCAUGGCUGCCUAGAAGACCCAGCCGCCCGCCCGCCCGCCUGCUUGCUGCCUCGCCAACUACUAUGACCGGAGUGUUUGACAGAAGAGUGCCAGCCAUCCGAUCCGGAGACUUCCAAGGUCCUUUUCAGACGGCUGCAGCCACCAUGCACGGGCACCCGCCGCAGGAGUCUCCCACUUUGCCCGAGUCGUCCGCCACGGACCCCGACUAUUACAAUUCCCCCGGAGGAGCCCCGCACGGCUAUUGCUCGCCUUCGUCGGCUUCCUACGGCAAAGCGCUCCAUCCUUACCAGUACCAGUACCAGGGCAUGAACGGAACCGCCGCCAGCUACCCAGCCAAAGCCUAUGCAGACUACAGCUACGCCAGCCCUUACCACCAGUACGGCGGCGCGUAUAACCGGGCGCAGAGCGCAGCCAGCCAGCCAGAAAAAGAGGUGGCUGAGCCGGAGGUGAGGAUGGUGAACGGCAAACCAAAGAAAGUGCGCAAACCAAGGACUAUUUACUCCAGUUUUCAGCUGGCGGCCUUGCAGAGGAGGUUCCAGAAAACCCAGUACUUAGCCCUGCCGGAAAGAGCCGAGCUGGCCGCGUCUUUAGGCCUGACGCAGACACAGGUGAAAAUCUGGUUUCAGAACAAAAGAUCGAAGAUCAAAAAGAUCAUGAAGAAUGGCGAGAUGCCCCCGGAGCACAGCCCUAGCGCCAGCGACCCCAUGGCUUGCAACUCCCCGCAGUCUCCCGCCGUGUGGGAACCGCAGGGCAGCGCCAGGUCUCUGAGCCCACCCCACGCCCACGGGGCCAACUCCAACCCGUCGCCCGCCGCCACUUACCUGGAGAACUCCUCGUCCUGGUAUUCCAGCGGUAACGCUCUCAGUGGUCACCUGCAGCCCCACGGCUCUCUACAGCACCCCUUAGCUCUGGCUUCUGGGACAAUCUACUAGAAUAGGAUUCUUUUUUAAAAAACAAAAAAACCCUCUUUCCUCGUUUUAAAACUCUUUACCUUUUCUUUUUUUUCUUUUUUUGGACACUUGGCGUUUUGUUGAUAAAAGGAAAAAAUGCAUAUGGUUGACUCUCUUUUUUGUUUUGUUUUUUGUUUCGGGUUUUCCUUUUUUUUUCAGGGAAAGGGGGGAAAAACACUAUACAGGAUGAAAUGUGUACAGCUCCUGCAUGUAACUUAUUGCAUUUCAAAGGAAAUUUUCUCCCGCCCUCUUUUUGAUUUUUAUUUUUUAACCAAAAAAAAGAGAGACACGGACGGACUUUGGGGUUGUUUUUUGGGGGAGGGAGGGGGAAAUGAAUGGUGGCUUAUUUUUUACUUCAUCAACUGUGGACACUUUCAAAGGUGCCUUGAGAAAUCUGAUGACCUCAACCUUUUCCCCCAGAGACUUUCAUUUUCCCCUCCCAACAAUGUCAUUUUAACCCUGUACAUAAGUGUAGAUAGAAGGAAUUAAACUGUAUAUUCUGAAUAAAUAAAAUUAUUUCCACCAUGAGAGCAGGAGAAGAGAAAGAGGAAAAAUA